GAGUUUACUGGAGAUUGUCAGGUCUGUGACGGCAUGGGUCUCAUUCUGAGUUGGUUUCGAGGCCCUCGCGAGCCUGUUGACUUACUGGAUAUCUCUGUGGAAACGCAGGUCACAUCUAUUGAUGAGCCAGUGUCGAUCCCUGCAGAAUCUGAGGUUCAGUUCGAGGACACUACACCUGUAGCCACAGAGACUCAUAUUGUAGCUCAGCCUGUUGAGAUUGAAACCAAGUGUGAAGAUGAAGCUGAGCUUCCUGCUGAGGAUCCUGUAGUAGAGAUGCCAGUGCCAGAGAUGGUGACUACAGCUGAAACUGUUGCUGCGGUUGAAACUGUGACAGAAACAGUAGUACCUGAAGUUGAGCCUGUUGCUGAUGCUGCAGUGGAAGUCGGUGUCUUGGAAGAACCUGCUGUUGAAGCCGAAGCCAUAACUGUUGAAAAUGAGCCUGCUGAAGUCAACACAGAAGUCAUGGAGGAUGUACACGCAGAGCCUGAACCAGAAGAGUUUCCAGUGGAAGCUGCGAUACCUGCAGAAGCUUUAGUGGAGCCAGAGCCUGAGCAGAAGCAGCAGCAGCCAGUCCUACUGGAAGAACCAACGCCUUCGGUCGAGUCCAAAAGUGACCCCAUCGCUGAAGUAUGUGUUGUGACUGAGUCAGUAGCGGUGGACCCCAACCGUUGAAGAGGAGCAGACUCCUGAAACAACAACAGAUGCCCCCGAGGUUCUAUCAGAGUGUCAUGAAACGAUUCCUCCUCCUGAGCCUGAGCCUCUGCCUGUGCCUGUAGCAAAGAUUAUACAAGCUCAAGAUGAAAUUAUGCCACAAGUAGAAACUGAAACUAUAAAGGAGUUGGCAGUGGCUGGUGGCCUAACUUUGGAUGCCAUAAAUGGAUGUCUGGGAGCUACCAAAGUUGCAAUUGAAGGUUAAAGUGCCUAUGUUUCAUAGGACAUAAAAAGUUGGCGAAACAUGAAACAUUGCAAAGUGCCUUUCUGUACUGAUUCUCUCCUCAUCUAUGACAAGGAUGUGUGGCUGUUCUUCGCUGGUGGAGUUUUUCUGAGCUUCUGGCUAAUUUUCUUCAGUUUCCAUAUGCAUGUACAGUAGAAUUUGAUGGCGUUAUAUACAUUACAUACGUAGUAAAGUAAAAUGGAAGGGUGUUGCAAAUGUAUAUGUUUUUACUUGGACCCUUUUGUAAAGUGGAAUGAAUACUCCUUGUUCUAUUUGAUUAAAUGAUUUGUAGUGGAGUGCUUUGGAGCACGAUUUCAGACUAUACCAUCACAACAUCUCUUCUGUGCUUAUUUCAACCAUCCACAUGUGCCUUUUCCAAAUGAUAAAUAAAGGGAGUUUGAGGAUAAUUAGUCUUCCCAAAUUUA